ACACACAGCGCUAUGCUUCACGGAGUUGUAGACGAACAGCAUGAAGGCAGCAGCGCUUUGCGGCGCAGUCAGCACUCACACGGCGACUCUUUUACGCAUGGAACAUAAACAACUGGAGAAGAUCGGGAUGCAGAAAAUAUGCAUUUUUCAUUCGUCUUGUUUUGUUUUUGGCGUUCGAACGGAAUACAGCACAGUCUUGUAGCACAGCAACAAAGUAAAGGAAACCCUCGAAGUUUUUCCGACACUUUCUUUUUCUUUUGAUUUCUUUUAUGCGCGUGUCAUGCCUCGAGCGCGGAGAUAAUUCUUUUCAAGAUGACACGCAAGAAACGCAGAGGAUGAGCGCGCGCACCUUUUAAAAGCUGGUCCACCGGCCAAAGAUGGAGCGCUCCGGAGCUUUCAAGCCGACCCCCGUGGCGUAUGGAGAGCUACUGAACCUUUCCGCUAACUCCACGGACUCGAAUUACACGGGCGAGACGGCGGAAAAGAGCGCGAGCGUGUUUGCGCAGGCGAGCGCGGCGGUGUUUCUGUCUCUUCUGACGUGCGCCACGGCUCUGUCCAACGCGUUCGUCAUUGCCACCAUAUAUCAGUCUCAGAAGCUGCACACACCAGCCAACCUUCUGAUCGGCUCUCUGGCCGUCACUGACCUGCUCGUGUCCGUGUUAGUGAUGCCUGUGAGUGCUGCGUACACGAUUAGCCAAACGUGGACACUGGGCCAAGUGGCAUGUGACCUGUGGCUGUCAUCAGACAUCACGUGUUGCACAGCAUCCAUUCUUCAUUUGUGCGUGAUUGCGCUCGACCGCUACUGGGCCAUCACGGAUGCUGUCGGAUACUCUGCGAAGCGCACGAGAGGCCGCGCAGCCGCCAUGAUCGCUGGGGCCUGGGUCAUCGCCAUAUCCAUCUCGGUGCCACCUUUCUUCUGGCGUCAGGUCAAGGCGGACGAAGAGGUCACCAGCUGCCACGUCAACCAAGACCACGUCUUUUACACCAUCUACUCCACCUUUGGCGCCUUCUACAUCCCUACGCUGCUGCUGGUGGUGCUGUACGGUAGGAUUUAUGUCGAGGCCCGCAAACGGAUCUUGAAACAGUCGCCUCAAAAGCCGGGCAAAAGACUCACAUCCGCUCACCUGAUCACACACUCACCCGGCUCCGUGGCAUCCACGACGUCGCUCACGUACGGCACGGCCGAGCUGACUUCGUACGAUGGUACGACCUCUGUCCCGGCAAACAGCCAGGUGAAGGUCACCAUGUCUGACGCGCUUCUGGAGAAGAAGCGCAUCUCGGCGGCUCGGGAAAGGAAGGCCACCAAAACUUUAGGGAUUAUACUUGGGGCUUACAUCGUGUGCUGGCUGCCGUUCUUCAUUUACGCGUUACUCGUGCCUAUCUGCACCUCGUGCACGUUUUACCCAGAGCUCUUCGACUUGUUCACGUGGCUCGGCUACCUGAAUUCGCUCAUCAACCCUAUCAUUUACACCAUGUCCAACGAGGACUUCAAGCAGGCUUUCCAUAAACUUAUGCGCUUCAACUGUUGCCGAGCUUGAGGAGGUCAUCCGGAAUGAGAAACGGAUUUUCCAAGAUUUCCAAAAAUAACUAUGAGAAUAGAGCACAACACUAUGAACACAGCCACAAUGCUGGUUAUCCCUCUCCAUAGCACUGUCCACUUUCAGGGGGGAAAAAUUUAUAUUUCCCCACCCACACACACACACACACACACACACACACUUUAACAUAUGGUGCAAACAAAUCUGCGAGCAUUUAUCUUAAACGCAGCUGAACCUCGCUGCUGUGAAUUUAAAAAGUGUCUCUGUGAAUUUGUCCAUGUUUCACACCGUUAGAGCGACGUUUAUCUAAUGUUUAUGAUCUCACGGGCAUUUUCGUCUCAUUUUCUAGCUGUUGUUUCUCUUUUUGCGAUCGUAGUGGAAAACACACCACCUGAGGGUUUGGUCAGAGUCUUUAUACAGGUUUACAGGUAUACAGUGGUGUGAAAAAUAUUCAAAUUCGUUGUGUGGUCGCUGCUUUGUUUUUGUUUUUAAUAGGCGUUCUCUGGUUUUCUUUACGUUUCCUGUGACACUCAAGUGAUACUUCAAACCCCUGCUGUAAUUUAUUGUGUAAUCAUCCUACAGCUCUCGAUUCUGAUUGGUCAGAAGGCAUUGAUUGUGUUUUGUUUGCUCGGUUGUACGUCUACCACCUUACGAAGGACGUUCCACGUAAACUGUGAAAAGUGUUGAUAUUUAGCAAAGUAUGACAGGGUAAAGGCAUCAUUGAGACCGUUUAAGGGAAGGAGUCUCCAGUGUCUGAGCUUCGUAACAAGAAGGAACUCGUUUCGGAGACGUAGUUCGUUUUAAAACACUUAACCCCUAUCUGUGAGAAAAAAAGCAGUUGUAAUAAUCCAGUCCCGGAGAUAUAUUCGUUCGCUUAAAAGAAACAAUGUUGUAAAUUUGCUGUGAGAGAAUAAUAAGUAAAAAAAUAAUCAUUUCUCCAAGAUGUGAAAGAAUCAGGCCGCGUCACGCUGCUCAUUUCCCUAUACAAAAAUAUGCUUAAUGCACAUUAAAAUACCCCAAGGGAUGGCCUUAGAUAGCUUUCAGAAUGUUUAGACGUCACUAUGAGAGAGAGAAAAAAAGCUGAGCGAAAGUCAUUAGUGUGUUACGAUUAAGUGUGUAAUAGUUAGUGCUUGAUUCAGGAUUUGGUCCUACGUAUUUAUUAUGCUGCAUUUCUAUGCAUGAGUAGUUGUUUAGCGUUUAAAAACAAACAAAAAAUAUGUUUAAUCGUGAUCUUCAUCCGCAAUUUAGUUCUAUGGAAAGUGAAUUCUGAAUAUUUCUCACGCCACUGUAAAGUCAUUGAAUGUGCAUUUGGAUUGGAUUGAAGCAGGAGAGUAGGAAGUAAGGCACUGUUCAGGUCCAGAUGUUGUAAUGUAUUAGUGUAGAAAAGCCAACAGGUUCUGAUUGGUAUCGGUGUGUAUGUCGUACACACCGUUUGUGUGCACAUGCUGUUUUUAAUUUCCCUGUACAUUUUUUUCCCCUAUUAUCUACGAAUCAUUUUUCUUGUUUCUUGCUCCCUUACGUUGUUCCUGAGAGCUCCGGUCUUGACAGCCGGUUCGACGUAUCAGCACGCCCGUUGCUGAAAAAGGAAACAUCAUCUCCCUGCCACUGCUAAGCACGUCGGCGCGUGUUGUUAUUCAACAGCAAUUAUUCUUCUCAGAAUGAUGACUGCGGUGGGAAAGCUGCGCCUUGUCACGUCGUCAAAUACCACAUGAGCACGAAUGCAAAUGAACUCGCGACGUGAUCACGGGUCGAUCGCUCGAAGAGGACGUACCCCCGUCCGGGACAACGAGGCUGCGGGGUCGUCUGUCAAAACGAAGCUACCGCUGUACUAUAGGCUUCUGCGCAUAUAAGCAAUGUUCUGUAACUACCUUUGUUGCAAAUGUUGCAGAUUUACGGGCCGACGGACUUAUCGAGCUGCUGCUAUUAUUUAAAAAAAGGAAAUAAAUAAAACUACAAUCCUGAUUUCAAGGUCAUAGUAUUUUAUUUUUAUUUUUUGGAUAUUUCCAAAAGUCCCUCUUGAUGCGCUAAAGAUGAAGUAAAUAAUCAUUUCCGAGCCGUUCUCCUACCUCAUCUUCAUCUUCAUCAGCAGCAUUUGCAGUAAGCUGUGGAAAUAAAGGAAAUCCCAAUUAACACGCCAUCUUGUGUUUAUUCUGUCGGGUUGAGGGGAAAAAAAA